CCCGCGCUUCGGCUCUGCUCGCCGCCGCCCGGCCCGGGGCGCUCGGGAAACUUCGGAGCAGCCGCUCAGCUCCUUCCGGGAGCGGGGCAGUGCGAGCCGCCGCGACUCACCUGGCGCCGGGGCUGGCAGCGCCGCGGCCCCUUUCCCCGCAGCGGCGAGGCUCCGGUGCCUGGGCCCGUAGCCGCCCCUCCCCCCGGAGCAUCGCCCAUCUGCCCCGCUGGGAACAUGGCGUCCGGCGGCUACCGGAGCAGCGGGGGCAGCACCACGGACUUUCUGGAGGAGUGGCAAGCCAAGCGGGAGAAGAUGCGGGCGAAGCCGGCGCCGCCGCUGCCAGCGGCCCCGGCCGGGACUGACGGCACAGCCCCCGGGAGCGCCGCCUCGGCGGCCGAGCUCAACAGCGCCCUGCACCCCGCCGCCCCGCCGCCGCCCCGGAGCGGGCGCCCCGGCCCCAGCGGGGCGCGAACUGUCCCCCUCGCCGCCAGAGCCGCCUCCAAGGAGCCCCCGCCCCCAGCCGGGGGCAGAGCGGCCGAGCCUGCGGGGAAGCCCCCCGCCGCGCCCGGCUCCCCGGAGGAGGAGAAGGCGGCGGCGGCGGCGAAGGGGAAAAGCUCCGGCCCCAGCGCCAGGAAGGGGAAGGGGCAGAUCGAGAAGAGGAAGCUGCGGGAGAAGAGGCGAUCGACAGGUGUGGUGAACAUCCCCGCCGCCGAGAGUCUAGAUGAAUAUGACGAUGAUGAAACAGGACAGAAGGAGCGAAAGAGGGAAGAUUCUAUUACACAGCAGAAUACAAUGCAGAAUGAAUCUGCCAGUGCAGACCCAGGGGGCUCGUACCUAAUACAGGAAUCCUCUAGGACAGUUUCAAGCAGAUAUAAAAGUGCAACUAAUGCACCUGAAGAUGAUGGUCCAAAUAGAUAUUCCCGAACAGACAGGACAGGAUAUAGCAGAUACAGCAGGGAUGCAAAUUCUUCUGGGAAUUCUGUACCAAGCAGUGCUUUGGAAAAGAGGAUUGAAGAACUUGAAAAGGAACUAGCCAAGGAGAGGCAAGAAAAUGUAAGAUUAUUGAGAAUGACACAGGACAAAGAGGAACAGAUUGGGAAAUUGAAGGAAGAAAUUGAUUUAUUAAACAGAGACCUAGAUGAUAUAGAGGAUGAAAAUGAGCAAUUAAAGCAGGAAAAUAAGACCCUCUUAAAAGUUGUUGGACAGCUGACAAGGUAGAAGAUUCAAACCUCAAUGAGGAGAGAGAGAUUUAAAAACUACUGAUUGAUAAAGUCAACGUUACAGUAAUACUUCCUGUGUUGCAGUAUGUUAAAAUAACCAAGUCUUUAUAUUUAUUAUUAGGAAACCAGAUGGAUGUUUAUUUUCAUAAUACAUUCUUUUUCAUUCAGUAAAAUGGCAUCAACUUCUGUGGGUAUUUUUAACCUUACUUUUCACAUCAACAAUAAUUAAGAAUUAUGACAUCUUUCAAAAACAUUAAAUUCAUGGUGGUUGUAUUGGGUUUUGUCUUCUGACUACAUAUAAUCUGGUUAUAGUAGUUUAAAAAUCAGAGCACCAGGAUCACUUUUGGUCUUUGUUGGGUGUAUAUUUUUUUCUUGAAUGAAAGGAAGCAAUAAAAAUAAGCUUUGUUUACACAGAUCCAAAAUAUAUAUUUUGGGAGAUAUUUUCAUUUUGUUUCAGCCGCUGUUACGUGUAGGUGCCUUACUGAUGUGUAACGUUUUGCAGAUUGAUUACUUGUUCUAAAAUACAAAUCUUGUAUGUUGUGAGUGUUUUACUAUAUCUGAAAGACAAACAAUAUUUGAGUAGCGAUUUUCUUCUGUAUAGCAGUUGUCUUGGGGAAAAAUAAGUUGUUUUAUUAAAAUUCAAUAAAUCAACUGUAGUUACCAACAUUAAUUUUUUUGUAACAUGUCUAAGUUGUGCACUAUAGUAUAUCAUAAUGCUUGUGCUUUAGCAGUGAAAUGCAAAUUUACUAUCCUACAGUAAGUUUGUUUUGUGUAUUGAGAAUAUAAACAAAGCCUGGAGCUUUCAUUUUGCAAAAGUGUUAAAACAUAAUUAUAUUUAAAUCUACCUAUUUUAAAUAUUUAGUGCUCAUAAUAAAUGAGAGUUUUAAGGGUUUUUAAAGGUGUGAUAAAGCUUGUUAUAAUGUAUGAAAGGGAAGUUUCAUAAAUUAUUUAGGCCUUUGAAAAACAUGAAGUAUGCAACAUACAAUAAAAACAUUCACUCUUGAUUGCCGCUACUGUGUAUGAAAAUUAAAGCUUGCAUAUGCAGUUAAUUUUAGCCACUUGGGGCAAUAUUCUAGCAUUGUUUUUAGUGCAAGAUGACACUUUCAUGAUAUAUAAACCACUGUCUUCAGUCACAAAUAAUUCUAGCCUAAAAAUUCUUGCUAGACUGAAACUUAUGCUUGGACUCAUCCUGGUAGGGCAUAACUCAUCCCUGAUUUUAAAAAAUAUGUAAGUCGUUUGAGUUACAAAAUCAGCUUUAAAACCUUCCUGAAGUUCCAAGCAUUCUUCCUCUCAUAACUUGAAUAUACCAAAAUACAAAGUUUGAAACAUCUACAGUUUUUGUUGCCUUAAAAUAUAAAGAUAACAUUAAUACAUAAUGAUAGCCAUCUACAAAGAUUUGCCCAUAGCUUCCGUUUUGAGUUAAACAGUCUUUGUAUUUAAUGAGACUAAGGAAUUCUUAAUUUUUUAAAUCCAGGAAUUAUCACUUCAUGUUAGAUGCUUUGGUUUCGUUCUGAAUAUUGAACAGGUUACUUUGCUUUGUUUAUUUUAUAUUCCAAUGAGAGAGAAGAGAUUGAGAGCUUAAGAAGUAUUACACAGUACAUUUACCUUCUAAUGUGCUUGGAAGUUGUGCUCACAGUAGGAGUGAGCCCACACAGUCUUACUCGGAGUUUAAAUCCUUAAUGCAGGGUUUAAUUGGCACAAGGGUGAAGAUCACGAGUGAGCACUAAUCUAUAUCUUGGUCCAGCAAUAAUAAGUCCUUAAUUUGAUCACUUUUACAAAAUUGGAAAUUUAAACAUGUAGAGGGGGGAAAAACAACUUUAUAUAAUAUUCACACAUGUAAGUGGUCUUAAUGGAUCUGAACCUAACAUUGAAACUUUCUUUGAAAUAGCAUCUAUUUCCCUCUCCAUUUAAUCUGUAGGCAAAAUUUAAGGACUUGUAGAGUGUGCUUCCAAAUUUAUAUUUGACGUAAUACCAAGAGAAUUUAGAUGCUCAGUGUCAUACUCUGAACAUACAGAGACCAUAAUGUCAAAUAUAAACAAAGAUAUGAACUGGAUAUUUCUAAAUUAUAUUUCACAUAGAAUCACAGAAAAAAUGUAGGGCUGGAAGUGAUCUCAGGAGGUCAUGUCGUCCAGUCCCCUGUGCUGUAACAAAACCAAGUAUAAUUAGACUAUUCCUGACAAGUGUGUAUAUCGCCUGUCUUUAAAAUCUCCAAUGACGGAUUCCACAUCCUCCCAGGGAGGCCGAUUCCAGUGCUUAACUAUCUUUAUAGUUAGAAAGUUUUUCCUUGUGUCUAACUUAAAUUUCUCUUGCAGCAGAUUAAGCCCAUUACUACUUGUUCUACUUUCAGUGGGACACAGAACAGUUGAUAACCAUCAUUGUUAUAACAGUCCAUAACACAUUUGAAGACUGCCAUCAGAUCACCCCUUAGGCUUCCUUUCUCAAAACUAAACAUGCCCCCCUUUUUUUAACCUUUCCUCAAAGAUCAAGUUUUCUGAACCUUUUAUCAUUUUUGUUGCUGUCCUCUAGACCCUUUCCAGUUUUUCUACUUCCUUCUUAAAGUGUGGUGCCCAGAACUGGACACAGUAGUCCAGCUGAGGCCUCACCAUGUGAGUAGAGUGGGACAGUUACCUUCUGUGUCUUAAAUACAACAUUCUUGUUAAUGCACCACAGAGUAUUCACCUUUUUCACAACUGCAUCACAUUACUGACUUAGUCAGUGUGUGAUCCACUAUAACCCCCAGAUCGUUUUCAAAAGUACCUAGUCAGUUAUUCCCUAUUUUUGGAGUUGUUCAUUUGAUUUUUUUUCCUUCCUGAGUACAUUUUGCACUUGUUUUUAUUGAAGUGAAUCUUGUUGGUUUCAGACUAAUGUUCCAAUUUGUCAAGAUCAUUUUGAAUUCUAAUUCUCGCCUCCAAAGUGCUUUUAAUCCCUCACAAGUUGGUAUAAUUUGCAAAUUUUUUAUAAGCAUACUCUCCACUCCAUUCUCCAAGUCAUUAAUGAAAAUAAUGACUAGUACUGGACCCAGGACAGACCUCUACAAUAUCCUACUAGAUAUGUCCCCACAGUUUGAUAGCAAAUGAUUGAUAACUACUCUUGGAGUAAUUUUUUCAACCAGUUGUGCACCCUCCUUAUGGUAACUUCAUCUAGACCUCAUUUCCUUAGUUUGCUUAGGAGAAUGUCAUGUGGGACUUAUUAAAAGCCUUAUUAAAAUCAAGAUGUAUCAUAUCUGCAACUUUCCCCCAUUCAUUAGGCCAGUAACCCUGUCAAAGAAGCAUAUUAGGUUGGUUUGGCAUUAUUUGUUCUUGACAAAUCCAGGCUGGCUAUAACUUACAACCCUGUUAUCCUCUGUGUGCAUAGAAAUUGCAUAAUAAUUAGUUCCAGUAUCUUUCCAGAUAUUGAAGUUAUGCUGACUGGCCUAAAAUUACCUAGGUCCUUUUUGUUCCCCUUUGGUACUGUUUUUUCUCUCCUACAGGACCUCACCCGUUGUCUGUGAGUCCUUAAAGAUAAUCGCUAGCAGUUCUGAGAUUUCUUUGGCUGGUUCCUUGAGUAACCAGGCCCUGAAUAUAUCUAACUUAUCUAAAUAUUCUUUAACCCAUUCUUUCCUUAUUUUAGCUUCCUUUCUCCCCCUCCCCCUUUUGUUAAUAUUGUGUUAAGUAUCUGGUCAUAAUUAACCUUUUAAGUGAUGACUGAAGGCAUUAAAAUAGUCAUUAAACACUUCAGCCUUCUUGUUGUUGUCUGUUAUUAGCUCUCAUUCCCCACUAAGUAGAGGACCUACACUUUAUUCAUCUUUCUCUUGUUUCUUAUGUAUUUAUAGAAACUCUUCUUACUGUCUUUUAUGUCCCUUGCUAGGUGUAACUCAUUUUGUGCCUUAGCCUUUCUGAUUUUGUCCCUACAUAUCUGUGCUAUUCUUUUGUUACUCCUCCUUAGCAAUCUGUCGAUGUUUCCACUUUUUGUAUGUUUCCUUUUUGAUUUUCAGGUCAUUAAAGAGCUCCUGAUGGUCCCUUAUUAUUCUUCUGAGCUUUUCUUCGCAUCAGGAUAGUUGCUCUUUUGUCUUACAUGAUUAUCUAAGAGACAAUAUUAAUUUCAGCCCAUGAAAGAAAACAAUGCAAAUGGACCAGUAUUUCUCUAUAUCUCAUUACCUCUUCAAAAAUUAACUUUUUUUUAAUGAAUUAAGUAAAAGAUAAUGGCUGAAGUUCACAAACAAUGUUUUUUCCUUUUGACACAUUUAAUAUAAGAGGGAUUUUUUAAUGGUAUGGGAGAAGUAUUUACAGUAGACUUCCCUGGGGACUUUUGAAGUAAAGUUUUAGCAUUCUUGAAAAUGACAGUGGUUAAAGUCAAGAACAGUGCCAUCAUUGUGUCCCUUAAUACAAAUUGUGGGAGUUCAGACAAAAAGUGGCUCAUGGCAUUAAUGUGGCUCUGCAUAAAUGCACAUAUGUAAUACCCUGCAUGAUCUUACGCAACUGCACCAUGAAGCUCCCCCACACUUCAGCCGACAGUCCUGUAGAUCUUAAAUAUUUCCGGAGGAAAGUAUUUCAGUCACUGCAAAAAUUUAUGGUAAAUUACGGUAUUAUCAGGCUCUUGGCAGAAGUUUGAUAGUCUCAUUCUAUAGAAAAAUGAUGCAGUACUUAGACUAUUUGUGUAGCCAAUACUUUUUUCUCUUAGUAGGGUAUCCUUAAACUCAAACAUACAGCAAGCUUUUAAUCUAAGUAGUUUUAGAGGGUGUUACUUUAGCUACUCUAGUAUAAGGACUUUUUGUUGACUGUUUACAGUUUGUUUACUUUCUCCUACCUAACUACUUACUGCUGGAUGGUUCAGAAUUAAUGUAAAUUGGGGUGAGUUAAAUAUCAGGGACACUGAAAUUGAGCAAUAGCUUAAUAGCUUAAUAGGCCUUAAAGUGAAAACCCACCUCAUUUGGGAAGGUUGUAUGUUUCCUAAGCUGAUCUGGAUAUUUUGUAGUAAGGUGAACCUAACAUGCAAGAGGUUUGGGUUCACUAAUGUUCUGAUAUAAAUUGUGCAAGUAAAUUUGUGAGACAGAUUUAUGUGCUUUCAUCUCUUAAAAAUGGGACCAAACUACAAAGACUUGACAUAUUUCUCUUAAAAAAAAAAAAAGGUAAACUUGGUCACCUUUGGAAAUUUUAACAAAUGUCCAUGUCGGCUGUUAAUAAAACUAAUAGGGCAGACAUCUGCUUUAUCUUAUUUUCAUAAUGAAUGGUGCACGAUAUAUUCCAUAAUGGAUGAGCUGCCAUGCAUUAAUUUGUAUUGUACUGAUAAUGCAUUAUGAGGUUUUUCUAUGACUCUGACUGUCAAGUUCUGUUGUGUAGCAGACAGAUAUGUCUGAAGACCUGAAAUUUAAAAUAGCACAUGGAGAUAGUGACCAUAAAUGGUAUGCAUUAAUAUUUUGGGGAUUUUUUUUUCUGAAGAUAAGAAAUUAAUGGUAUAUGAAUAUUUUAAAUAAUCAGAAUAGCUUUUUUCAUUUUUAAAAGAAUUAAGCUGUCAUCCUUAUGCUUUGACAUUACUUGAUGUACUUAUUAACCAGAGAAACAGCCUAUGUUUGAAAAUGGAUAUUUUUUAUAUCUUAAAAGCCAAAAAGUGUUCCCUUUCUAUAACUAGGUUUUGGAUCAUAUGUUUCUGAAUGUAUUUUUUCUUUAAAUUGAUUCUUUUUUUGGGGGGGGGAGGAGUAAGUAAUUGAUACUAAUUUAUCUAUUUGGAAUAUAUAACUUGGAAACAGGAAAUAAACUGAUAGUAUCAAGCAUCAAAGUAUCAAGCAUAACCUAGCAAUUUGUUUCUCAGUUACUUGUACUGAGAAUUAGCUAAAGUGAAUAUGAUUGGCAUUAACACCAUUCAAUAAUAUAAAGAGCUUUUAAUAUAGCUCAAACCAGCUGAUUUUAAUCUACAUCAAGUGGCAUUCCAGCUUGCCUACUGUACUGGCAACAUGCAGAUUUUGCUGUCGUAAGAGAGGUCAGUGGGGAAGGCUGGCGAUCGCAUUACUUUGUAAAAUGCACUACUAACGUAGAGAGAUGUAGGCUUCAACUGUUGUGUUGGAGCAAGGUCUUUGCUACUUUUUUCCAGCUGGAAGCAAAGUAAUUCGGUAUAGCAGCCAAGUAGAGAGGUGAUUAUUGGGAAUUAUUGGAAAUUAUUGAAGUAAAUUUAUUUUUAAAUUUAGGUAUUACUGUCUUGUGUCUGCCUCUCAGUAUUUCUUGAGUUCAUACUUCUCUCGGUGAAGAUGUCAGUUGUAUUGAUGCAUUUUCAUCAGUAUUGACUAAUAAUCUAGACAGCUGGCAUCACAAGCAAGUAAGAUGGCCUUUGUCAUGAAAGAGAACUGCCAGAGAAAACAGUUUAUUUCCACCAACUCAUUCAGAUGGGAAAUAAGGCGUAAAAUUUUAACAAUGAUGGUAAUUAAUUAUUGGAACAAUUUAUCAAUGGUUGUGGCAGAUUCUCCACCACUGGCCAUUUUUUAAAUCAAGAGUGGAUAUUUUUCUAAAAGGUAUGCUCCAGUUCAAACAAAUUAUUUCAGGGAAGUUCUAUGGCCUGUUCUAUGCAGGAGGUCAAAGUAGAUGAGCACCGUGGACCCGUCUGCACCAGUAUCAGUGAAUUCACAGUCAUAAUCAGCUAAUGGGAAGAAAAGCAUAAAAAUGUGUUUUCCAACUUAAACAUUUGAUUAUAGCAUUUCUACAAACAGUACAAAAUGAACAAAUUGGUUACUGGGAGCGAUCAGGUAACUUGAAGCUGUAAAAGAAAACUUCCAUACCACUAUAGGUCUAUUCCCAGCCAGUAAUUUUGGUGUCAAUACAUGUAUAGACAUGACUUUUACUUGUGUUAGGCAUUUAUGUAGAACCGCUUAUAAUAUGUAUGCAGGACACAAAUAAUGUAACUAUGCAGCUGAUGUACCAAGUCAUGAUUUUAAAGUGUUAACUUACUAAAAUCACUUUUUCUGUAUCUCAAUGUAUGCCUUUCUCCUCAUAUUGCAACAGAUGUACAUUAUUCUGUUAAUUGAGUCUUAUUGCUUUUAUUCUUGGAUUUCUGGUGUACUGUUAUUCAGGGUUCUGGUUGUGAGAUAUUUUGGGGGGUGGGGAGAGGAGGCAAAAUUGUUAUACCCACUACAUUUUUUCAUUUAAAAAUUUCAGUCAUAAUCCAGUCUUAAAAUGUAUGUACAGUCAUUUUAAAAUAUAACAGUUAUAUGUAUUUAAAAAGCUGAAUCAUCACUUAGUUAUAAAGAACUAAAUGUUUUUAUUUUUGAAUGUUGGCUAGUUGUUUCCUAUCUUAUGAUAACAUUUGUUUUUAAAAAAAAUGGUAUUGAGAAAUUUACUUUUGCAGGUAAAAGAUAUCCCUUUUAACCUACCAAU